AUGCGGAGAUAUACGGGGGACCUUACUCCAAUAUUCCACUGCCCUGUGGAGAAUCAGUGCCGCCAGUUCCACCUUUCUCUUAUCUCUGGUACAUCAAGGCGGUUCAGGCGGUUCUCGUCCGCCUCGUCCUCCUUAACAUACCUCCCUCCUGUUCCGCCAACAUACAUGGAUGUCCACCCCCAGCGAGCUCGGAGACGAGCGGCUAUUGCCUGCAACUACUGCCGCAGGAGGAAACGCCGCUGUGACGGGGCUCAGCCGACAUGCUCGCUCUGCCAGUCAGCCAACAAACACUGCUCCUAUCCUACUCCGAUCACACUCGUCGAUGAUGACCCGCCCAUUCCCGGUCGUCUCGCCCAGCUGGAGUCUGUUCUAGCUGACCAUACGCGCACCCUCCAAGCCCUCCAGGUCAAUACGCCCUUGCAGACUGACAGCGAGAUUAUUAGACGGGCCCAUGAUGUCGAAGCGGAGAUACCGGCCGUCAUGCCGCCGCCAGGAAUGGACGCUGCGACGCCAGUGGAUUAUCUGGCGCCCAUGACGAUUCCUAUCGGACACGCCACAACAACCGGGAACCUCUUGCAGGCUAGGCCAGUGAAGGCCUUGAUCGGUGACUAUCCAAGUGAUAUCUUUCUACGGAUCGAGCAGAAACGCCCAGUGCCCCCAGAGCUCUCGCUUGCUGUCCGGCCAGGGGUCGCUGCCCUGCCGGCACUGGACUCGGCUUCGAUCACGACGCUGGUCGAGCACUAUUUUCAAUUCGUCCAUCCACGGCAUCCCAUACUCAAACGGGAUGAGAUAGAAAUGAUGGUUAGCUCUUUGGAUCCACAGUCACCAGAGUGGAGCAAUGAAUGGGCGCUCCUCUUGAUGAUGUUAGCUGUAGCCCAGGCACAUCGGAACCUCUGUUUUGAACCAGGGAAUAAUCUGCCUGGGACAGAGUAUCUCCACCCUGGUGUGCAGUUUCUUCUCCAGACGUGGGCGGAUGCAUGUACCACCAAUGUCUUGCUAUCGCAGGCAUUCCUUCUCGCGGCAUUGUACUAUGCCUCCCUGUGCCGGCCUCUUCAAACAUGGCGACUGGCCCAUAUGGCCUCGACCAAUAUCCAGCACGCCUUUUUCCAGCAGCCUGAUCAACAAGACGAAAGCCUGCUUCGGACAUGCUGGGCUGUGUUUCUGCUGGAAUGCGACCUCGUGGCCGAGUACCACCUCCCCCGGAGUGGCAUCGAAAACCUUGUCGACCAGCUGCCGUAUCCUGACUGUGGCCCAAUGGCGGAGGUAUACGAGUCCUCCUGGCUGGCUAUCAUCUCAUCGCGAAAGCUCCUCAAUCGAAUACACUGCACCAUGUACGCCACCCACUCCUUCGUGUGGGACAGUAAGCUCACCCACGAUCUUCCGUCCCCUGUCCCUCGCCCCCUGCUGGCCUUGUCAGACGAGCUAUCUCACCAGCUGCAGACUUGGUGGGACCUCGUACCCGAAUCGUUGAGACCAGAACUCAAUAAAGACAAUCCCAGCCCCGAAGAAGGAAUCCUGCUGCUCCGAUUCCAUGCUUGCGGGGAUAUCAUCACCCGGCCAUUUCUCCACCAUGUAUGCUCUUACGCAAGCAAAUCGCGGCCCCCGGGCGAGAUCCUCAACCUGGCGCGAGCUUGUAUUGAGCAUUGCCGAGCCUUUCUGCAUAGGGUUCCCAGUGUACUUGGUCACAGACACCCCUUGGCCGUAGUUUACCUGCAUUCGUGCGAUUACCCUUGA